UAUAUUCAGCAUUUUAAACGUGAGAACAGUAACCUACCUCAUCUCUUUGAUCACAUUUGUUGUUGUAUUGAUGUAGUUUUUAUGGUCUAAAACAUAUUAGAGGGAUGGAUAAAGUCAUAAACUGUUUCAACAAGUACCCUGAUGCUGCUGUCCGUCUCAUCUGUUUCCCCUGGGCUGGUGGAGGCUCUAUCCACUAUGCACGCUGGGGCAAAACUCUGAACAGCUCUGUUGAAGUGUAUUCAGUUAGACUACCAGGCAGAGAAGGGAGAGCCAGGGAACCCCCCUUCCAGAAUAUGCAGGAAGUCCUUGAUGAGGUCAUUAGUGCGCUACUUCCACAACUCAAAGAAAAGCCAUUUGCCCUCUUUGGACAUAGUUUUGGAGCUAUGACCUGUUUUGCAUUUGCUGAGCAUGUGAAGAGAGUCUACAAUCUUGAACCGAUCCACAUGUUUCUCUCUGGAGCCUCUGCACCCUACUCUGAAGUGAGAUUGCAGGCGCCAAAAAGAAGUCACCUGUCAGAUCAGGAGUUUCUUACAUGGGUCAUUUCUAUUGGGGGCACGCCUCCAGAAAUACUGGCCAAUGUUGAGCUUAUGAAGCUAUUCUUGCCUGCGCUGAAAGCAGACCUCUCUAUUGCAGAGAACUACAGGUGCAGCAGACCAUCAACACCCUUCUUAUCAUGUCCAGUCUCGUGCUUUGAUGGAAAAGAGGACACACCCCAUGACUUACAAGCUUGGAAGAACAUGACCAGUGGUGACUUCACUGUGCAGAUACUCCCUGGAUCUCAUUUUUACUUGAAGGAAGCAGCAAAUGAAAAAAUUAUACUGGACUUUAUCACAAAACAUCUUGAGACUGCAGAGAUGGACUAUCUGUAGAAACUCAGUCUUUCAUUACAUUAAACCUCAUUUAGACAUCUAUGGCAUAUUCAUAGAAGAAACACUGUUUCAUGUAGCUAUUCUGUAACCGGGGUAAAAUCAGGAUAUGCACCGAGUAAACCAAGAAAAGUAAUUAUUCCAUUAAUUAUUUCAUGCAGCUGUGGAAAGAAAAUAUCAACAGAAACAGAAAAUUAACCAACUAAUAGCAAAAGAUGAAGUAAUCAUUCCUUUAAUCAAGCUCUGUAAUAUUGACUAAUCAAGUCAAAUGUUUUUUAUAGAUUAACCUAGUGUAGAAAUAAGUAUUUGGGAGGCAUAAAUUAAAGCUG